GAGCGGUGGUCAGGUCAGGAGGGGGGGUAAGAGCGUGUGGCCCCUUUCAGGAUGAACAUGGCUGGUUGGAUAUGCGUCAUUUUGAAGGCUCUCUAGCUGGCUUCUAACCCCCUCACGUCAGUCAACCGGAAUACGGAUCCGAAGGUAAUCGCUACUCCGGAUUAAUUACCCCGCGGUGCUUCUCUAAUCAUGUCUCCACGGCACUCUUGAAGUAAAAGAAGCAACUUCCUCGGCGUGGCCAUCGGAGGAGGAACCGCCGCCUGCGGAUCAAUCCGGAUUCAGGGACAGGGGGAACCCGGAGAUAAGCCGAGGGCGGGUCCAGCCCGGGCAGGCCUCUGUGGUGUGUCGGACUCUGGAGCGAAAGGGAAGCUUCACCGCUGGUGGUUACGCGCGUGGCGCAGCUGACUGACGCCAUUCCGGCGCUGCUGCUGUUGUGGCUGAGGCCUAUGUACAAAUGGCUUCCCGAGGCGCUGCGCUCCUGGCUGCUUCCCUCUGCCUCUUGCCGGCGGGACGCGGAGCCUUCGCUCUCUCGGCCGCAGAAGAGGCGGUAUCACAGUACUCAGUCACUUGUGGACAACCCUGACCAGGAGCAAGCAAAAAAGCAAAAACUUGGUAUUUUCAGUACAUUGACACAGGGGAUUGUCAAUCUAAUUAAACUACCAUCGCUCCGGACGGCUAAAUAUCUUCAGACUGGACAUCAGCAUGCAGAAGCUACAGAUGAGAUUUUUUCAAAUGCUUCUGAUACUCUGGAUGACGAGCAGAUGGAAUCUACCUCUGGAAUGCAGAUGCUUGAGUUUGACAAGGAAGCUACUUGUGGAACCAAUACACAUGCACAUGAAGAGAUGGUACCUAACUAUAGCAAAGUUAUGUCCUGUCUGAGGCAUGACUGCAGUGCCAGGAAGAACAGCAAGACAAAUCACAAUUCUCUUCCAGAUGACUUGCCACCAUGGAGGCUUGCUACUCACCGACACUUGUUAGACGUUCCCACUUUAGAUACUGGACGGUAUCUAAAGAAGCCUCACCGUACAGUGGAAGAGGCAAUUCAGAAAGAGGAGAGAGAGAAAUACAAACAGCUGCUGGAGCAAGAAAAAGAAAAGAGUCCUAAAAAUCACUCCACAAUAGCAAAGCACUCAAAUGUCCAAGGUUAUGGAUCACAAAAGACUGGUCACUGUCUGGAAACAGAUGCUCCUUUAUUUGAGAUGCUGAGGAAUAGUAUUGGAAACUUUGAUCCCUUUUGCUCCAGAGGAGAUAUAAACAGCUCAAUGACAGUAGAAGAAAGAUCUUUAGAAGCUGAAAAGCUAGUAGUACAGAAAAAAGAGAGGGCUAAGCAGCCUUUGACAAACGACCUGUCAGAGGAAGUGUCACUCAAGUUAAGUCUGAGUCCUGAAGUAUCUUCAUGCAGAAGGCACUCUCUAAUUAAAACAGAAAACCAGAACUGUUGGAGCUUGGAGAAGACCACAGAGUGCCUUCCUGCCCUUACAAAGGAUAUGGAGAGAGAGAUAGCAAGUGCGCUGAGCUGCGGCCAGGAGGACGAGCUUUUGAGUAGUGCCUUCAAGCUGAAGAUCACACGUGGAGACAUUCGGACACUAAGAAACCAGCAGUGGCUCAAUGAUGUGGUAAUUAACUUCUAUAUGAAUCUUCUGGUGGAGAGAAAUAAACGCUCAGAACUGCCAGUUUUGUAUGCAUUCAGUACUUUCUUCUAUCCAAAGCUAAAUUCUGAAGGCUAUAAUGCAGUCAGAAGGUGGACCAAGGAAGUGGACUUGUUCCAGUAUGAUAUAGUCUUGGUGCCCAUUCAUGUCAGGGUACAUUGGGGAUUGGUGGUGGUAGAUGUGCGAAGAAAGACCAUCAAAUAUUUUGACUCAAUGGGACAAAAUGGCUAUAUGAUCUGUAAGAGAUUGCUGCAGUAUCUACAGGAGGAAAGCAAAGCCAAGAAAAACCUGGACAUUGAUGCUUCAUCAUGGACACUUUACAGUGUGAAACCACAUGAAAUUCCACAACAAUUGAAUGGCAGUGACUGCGGAAUGUUUGCUUGUAGAUAUGCUGACUAUAUCUCCAGGGAUAAACCCAUUACAUUUACACAGCAUCACAUGCCUUACUUCCGCAAGAGGAUGGUUUGGGAGAUCCUUCAUCAACAGCUGCUUUGACAACAAACCUCUGACAUGGUUGUAUUGUGUACAGUAUCUUCAUUGGAUGACAGAAGCGAACUCAGAGCUGCUGCUAUCUCGUUCUUGUAUCUCCUGAAGGCAGACUGAAUGUGCCCUCUUAUGAUCUCCAUUUCAGAGAUGAGAAGGGUUCAGAAGGCGUAGCUGGUGCUGCUCCUGAGCUGAAGUUCUCUCCAAAGGGAUAAAGCAUGAGUUAUUCAGCAGAAUAAAUCCAUGGUAUCAGAUUAAGAGUCUCAGUGAUUAAGAACAUUGGCAUGACAUUUAGUAUUGGAUGAACAAUCUCAAUGGAGAUUGAAAGUAUAUACAGCUGCCUUUACAAGGACUAUACGCUAUCUCUGGCUUCAAGACAUUAGCUCCAUUUGGGAACAUGCCACAUGCCAAUUCUCUCUCCUCCAUUCUUGGCUGCUCCCAACUAUUAUUUUGCUGUGGCAUCUGAACUGGGCAAACUAUGGUUAGAGCAACCUAACUGGAAGAGGGAAUUGUUGCAUAAGGCUGGAGAAGGGAGUGCUUCAGGCUCUGCCAUGUUUCCCGUCCUCCAAGCAGGCAGUUUUCUGUUACUGGAAGACUUUUCUAAAACGGGAUUUGUCGUGCUUUUGAAAAGAUGGACACUUGAUUUGUAACAAAUCCAUAGUAGAAGUCCUAGAAUGGGAGAUUAGUCUUUAUUUAAAUGAUUAUAUAUUGUAUGCGACUAUUUAUUUAAAUUCCUGUAUUUAAGUGGGACUAUGUUUAUAAUUCUUUAAUGAACUAAAAAUAGAAAUAUAUAUUUAUCUAGUAAAUAUGGUUUCAAUUUAUGUGAAUUGCACUGUAGCUCAGUUUGGAAAGUUUGAUAUGGUGCAAGAAUUUAGAAAAGAAUAAAAUAUCAGUGAAAGUGUAAAA